AGUUUUUUUAUCGAGGUAUUAAAUUUAAUUAAUUUUUGAUUACCUCCAACUUUAUUAGUUAAAGUAAAAACAAGUAAACGAGUAGUAGCAAACUGCUAGGUCAUGUCUUUAGUGUUGCUUGACCCGGAUAAGGUCCUAGGUGAGGAGACAGAGAGUUUAGAGUUAGGGAACAAUGCUAGGGUGGAAGAACAAGUGCAAGUGGAGGAAGUGUCGAUGGACUUGGACAUUAUUGAGGACGACGAAACAGUGGUCGUCGAUGCUGUGGAGGAGGAUUCCGAAAUCCCAGAUGCAGCAAUUGUUCGCCUCGUCUCUAAUGAGAUGGACGCUUUCCUGAACACUUUACAAGACGACGACAUUCAAAUGUUCGGUGGACGAAGGAGUGAUGCGGCAUUUAAACGGAAAGACAUAGGUGAAGAUGACGACAGUUCUUCUAACUCUGGGUCUGAUUACGAGUCCGACGAAGGGAGGAGGUCACGUUCACGACCAAGUAAAAAUAAGAAGUGGAAGGAUGCCGAAGAAGAAGAGGGACCAUGUUCGUCGGGCAGUCUGGGUCGCCGCCCAACCGUUUCAGGGGGUGUAGAACGGAAGGACUUGUUAAACACCUCGUCCUACAGGCGGAGAGAAAAGAAAGACCUUUGUCCUUCUGCAGCACCAAUCAAAACAAAACUUGGUCGAAACCCGGAAGCUGAAAUUGAAGAUGCUUCACUUCCUGUAACGGAGGAAGAAAGACUUUUUUCCGAGGCUGAUGUGAAACUGGCUUGUGCGGCACUCAAGACUAAUGAAAUUACGCCUAAAGCGGAUAUAACAUCCCCCUUGCCGAACCGAUUUACCGGUUCUAUCAUGUCAACCAUGAUGCGGACGUUGCACGUCUCCAAAGAGGCCACAAUCCGGAGGUACGAGGAAUUGAAGUUGCCCAAAGAAGUGAACCAAUCAACACCUAUCUUCCUCAAUGGAAUUUUGAGAGCGGAACAUCUCGUGUAUAUCACGACCUGUGUGGAUGCUAAAGCCCGGCUUGACAACAGGAAGUGGCUGAUCGACCUGGCAGACGUGGUUUUGCACAAUGAGAAGUAUGAAAUGUUGCAAUUUUGCACAAGGACCCCUGGUGUUGCCCCGUUUCCAUACGGGAAGAAGGAUAAGUCCAUUGAUUGCCUUGAAUUUACGCACAGGCUGCGAGAAAUUAAAAACAUGAUGAAGAUGGAUCUGUACAAGUUGGCCGGCUCGGGAAGAGUCAUCGCGAUGCAGAUCAAUGAAGCAACGGGCAAUGUGCAAUCAGUAAAGACUCAAAAAUAUGAACUUUUGGAAAAGUUUCAGGAUCUGUAUUACAGAGAGAACAUGAACGAUGCCAAAUUCGAUGAGAUGAGCAUCACUGGAAUCAGAGGGGUGAAGAUGAUGAUGGAGCCUCCCUACUUCAAAACUGAAGACGGAAUGUUAUCAUUUGAAUUUCCAAAUGCUAAUCGUAAUGCUCAGAAGAACCACAUGCCUUUUCCCGUUCGGAAACAAAAGUGGACCCAGAAGGAUUUGAAAGCCUUAAAACAAGCUAUUAAAGAAUGCGUCGUUUCACAACGGAUUGAUGACUUAAACGGCCGUUAUUCAGAGCUCUUAUUGGAGUCGGAGAUCCGUCGGAAGGACGAAAUGUGUCGAGAAGGGAAACCAAUGGAUGAAGUUAACCAGCCUCCUCGGAAACGAAGGCGUGGACGACCAACCAAGGAGGAAACUAAGCAACGCGACAAGUACGGGAUCGUUUAUCCGGUUUUCCUUCGUACGCAGGAUCACACAGUUGCAUACGAAAUGUUGCCCAAACAGCUCAGCGAGUGGCGAACCAUGAUGGAGAAACGCCUCCGAAACAUGAGCUUUGACACGUUGAUGAAGGACAAAAAUAACGACAAAAUGAUCGAUUGGGAUGAGGUUUCUUUGAAAAUGAUGACUCGGACAAAGAAAUUGCGAUCCGAUGACGAUUGCAGUCGCACAAACACGCAUGCCAUUGAUCCCAAGAUUAAUCACAAGAGAUUGACGGCUGAACAAACCCGACAAAUUCAAUAUCUGAACGACGUGGAGAAGGUGCAGGACUGGGACGAGAUCGCCAGACGAAUCAGCGUCGAUAAGAAUGGUCAACCGACUCUGCCACAUACAGCAUUUCAGUGCAUGAAACGUUACAUCACACAUGUGGCUCCUCCCCCAAAACCCGUGUGGACUAAAGAAAUGGACGAAAAACUCAAAACUGGAAUUCAAGAAAAUCCGGGACACUGGCGAAAGGUUGCUGCAUCGCUGAAUCAUGAGGGAAUUACGAAAAGGGUGGCACAGGAGCGAUACAGGAAGCUGAAUCCGUUCAUCAAAGUGGGACCGUUUUCUCGAACGGAAGACUGCUUGCUACUUCUAACCAUGCAACGUUUGAAACCUUUUCUCUGUGAUGAGGGACAUUUGGGCUACGUGUACCAAUAUCUUUCUUGGCGGUAUGAAACCGCUUGGCGCGACCGUGCUACCAAUCUAUUCAAUGAUUGGAUUGUCCCUUGGACUUUGGAAGAAGAUCGAUUGUUAAUGGAUUUGGCUGUAUCGAUGAAUCGCAACUGGCAAAAGAUUUCUGAACAAUUUUCUUCCUUCAAGAAUAGGAAAGGUUGCUCGACCCGCUACAACCUCUUGUCCCGUAAUUUGGCAUAUAAGCACUCUACACUGGAAGAAUACCACGAGGCGUAUGCAAUGACUCGCUACAAUGUGUUCCAAUAUCGACACUUGCCUGACAUUCUGAGAAAGCUGACAGAGGUGAAGGAGAAAACGUUGCCAUCAGCCACUCCGUUUUGCUUCCCAGCGAAUCCUCAACAGCCCCCAACUGAAGAGCAACUUGUACGUAUGAUGGAAAUGUUUAACAGGGACAUUCUCCUGGCCACCAUCACCUCUCUGGACAAGUACAUACAAAGUCGAGAUGAAUACUGGGGGACUUGGAACGAGAAAAAUGGCGUCAAGCAACGGACAUUUGAUCGAAGAACGUUCCAUCCCGACAACCCUCAAAGUGUCGCAUCUGCGCUUCAUAUUCGAGGCCUCAAGUUGAAACUGAAGGAAGGUUUUGACAACUUGAACGAUUUUGAGGAGGAGAUCUACGUCCAUUAUUCACGAUUUUCUUGCACAAAGACCCUCAAGGCAGGGGUCAAGCGCACCUACCUUCCACCCGUGUCAUUUUUCUACAAGUGGAAAGCCGUUGAACGCAUCAUUGAAGAACACGACGAUCUCGCCGCUUUGGAGGAAGAAGAACAAGAGGCUGCCGAAGGUGCUCCAGUUCCACAGUGCAGCAAGAAGUGGACUCGAUUGAUAGAAAAGAUAAACAAAGAGGAUCAAGAUGAAAAUAGUGAGGAUGAAGAUGAUAGUGACGACGAGGUAGAUAAACUGGAAUCAGGAAGCGAAGAUGAGAGCAGUGAUGACAGUGAUGACGAAAGUGAUGAUGAUGAAUCUGCCAAUGACGAAGAUGAUCCGGAAACUGCCAAUGAUGAUGAUGGUGCUGAAGAUGCCAUUGAGACCCCUCAAGAUGUAGAAGAUGAAUCUGAGUGGGUGACUGAGGAUGAAGAAGAAGAUGAAGAAGAUUGACGUCGACGAUACUUCGGAUGAAGAUAUCUAGACCAAGUUUGGUUCUUCGAAGGAAGAUUAUUAAUAAUCAUGCUUAAUAUUCAUAUAAAAACUUGUUACGUUAUAAUUAUUAAUUAACAUGUUGUAACACGUUUUCCAUGAAGUGCUUUAAUAAUCGAAAAGUAAUUGAAUAAAAAU